UCAUCACCGCCGUAGAGGCAGGAGACGAGGUCAGGGUCAGGGACGUCCUCGCCAGGGGAGAAGACCCCAAGGUGACCAUCCCAGCUAGUGGUGGGUCGGGGUGCCUGGUACUGCUUGCUGCAGACCGUGACCACGCCCACCUCCUGCCCUACCUGCUGGGGGCGGGGCUCAGCGUGGAGGGCAGCGGCACUGACGACAAAACACCACUGAUGGUGGCUGCCACAAAGGGCCACAAGACGACGUUAGAGAAGCUGCUCAGCCUUGGUGCCGACCCGCUGGCUGUUGACAAUGGAGGAUGGACGGCCCUCCACUGGGCUGCAGUAGAUGGUGAAGCUGAGUGUGUGUCUACCCUCAUCCCGGUCACGCCGCCCACCCCCGAGCUGCUGCAGGCCGCCGACGGACACACCCCGGUGCACCUCGCCAGCUUUUAUGGCCACGAGGCUGUGCUGAAGGCCCUGGAGGGGGCUGGCUGGCCUCUUUACGCAAUGGACGGCGAUGGCCUGACACCCCUGCACUGGGCUGUUAAGGCAGGGCGUCUGGACGUGGUCAGGUACCUGCUGGAUAAGGAUGCGGCGCCCAGUACGGGGGCCGGUGAUGACCUCACGCCGCUGGACUUGGCUAAGAGGCAGGGUAAAGACUUAGCAGCGAGGUGGCUGGCGAGGAGGAGCGGCGCGGUGCACGGGGACGCCGCCCACAGCCUGAAUCCUGAGGUCACGUCCAGUGCCGGGGUGAACGCUGCAGCAGGUGACGACACGCUGCGGCCAGAGGACGUGAGGAAACUGCUUGGCUUCAGGGAAUGGCUGAUAGACGGCUUCAACAAGAAGUUUCUUCCCUGCCUUCACUACAUACCACUGUGUCAUCCACAAAUACCAUGGUCCACGGAGACUGCUGCCUGACCUCAUCCGUCAGCCUGUACAUCACUACUGAGAAUGAGCGGACUGAUCCUAGGUGUAGUCUAACUCCAUAACUCCUGCCAUACCAGCAACAUCAUAAACUUUUUCGGACACAUGGUGUGCUUCCUCUGAUAGAGAAAUUAUAUGUAGAAAGGGUAUCAGGUAUAUCAGUUGACAUCUCCAAUAGCCCUGCUACCUGA